UGUGUACGUGUAGCUGGCAGACUUGGAGAAGGACUGUCGAGAAAGAGAGAAACAAGGCAGGGUAGAAGACGUGGAAUGUAGAGGCGGCGGCACAAAACAGAGAGUGUUGGGCAGAAAAUGUGACGGCCUUAUGCGUCUACUGGCGCCUCGAGAACUGAUGAUGACGUGUAGCUGGCGAGAUUUCGAGCGCAAGAGGCAAUAAAAUGGCGGUUCCACUGCCAAAAGUCACUCGCUCGCGAAUCCUGCCAGCUUUGUCAGCCGGCACAUAAGAAAAUGUGGCAUCAUCAACUAUCACCUAUCAUAGAAAUUAGCAUUUGUAUGAAUCUUCAUUGAGAGGCUGUCGCAAAUGACGCAGCCUUGAUCCCAGUUUCUCUCUACGUUUCCUUCAGAGAGGGCCUGGGAUAUUUUUUGGCAAAAGUCCGCUGUCCUACUGCUGUCCUCCCUGGGGAAAUGAGUGGUUCCAAAGCAACUUCCGGUCACUUCCGGGUUAUGGCGGUGUAUUUGAGUUUCCUUAUCGUCAUCCAGUCUCUAAUUUCGCUGUUGUACGUGACAGGGACUGAGCAAGCCAUCCUUUCAGUGAGAACUCCGGUGGCAUAUGUCGUAGCUGGAAAAUCAUUUUCCUUGGAUUGCAAUGUUAAUGGAACUUUACUCUUGGCCAGUCGAGUUUCUUGGAAACACGAAGGGAAGUGGCUCCACAAUCAGGCACAACAGUCAGGGACAAAGGUGCAGCUGGUUCUCAACAAAAUUAGACUUCAAGACGAUGGCAUUUAUCAGUGCAGUGUUUACAAUUUCUCUGGUCUUAGUCCAAACGACGAUAUUCCAAACGACGUAAAUGUGACCAUGGUAGUUGUAGAUGCUGUCAGUAAACCAGUGUGCAUAUCAAAUGGAUUAAUGCCUCCUAAAAUUUCACUCAUUUGGAAUGCUGUAGAUGACUACCAAAGCAGUUUUCAAUUCACCUACAAUGUCCUCUACUGUUACAAAGCAAAUCCAAACAACAAAUUUUGUUUGGAUCCACCUUUUGGUUACAACACUUCUAAAGAUUGCACUGGUCUGUCUGUCAACUCCAGUUCAAGAAUUGGGAGCAAUGUCUUAGAGUGUAAUGUUACUUCCCUUUUCAAGAGAUUGGUUCCAAGCCUGUUUGAUUUCCAUGCUCCGGUAACCAUUCCUAUAAUCAUCUUCAGUAUAAACAUUGGAAAUAUUCAAAGUGAUGGUUAUAGCACUUUCAAAGCUUGUGAUCCAAGAAUGUUAGUGAAGUGUACAAAACCAGAGAAUGUACGUGUGGAUAACUCAAAAAGGAGGACGCUAUCACUGAUUUGGGAUAGACCCAGGAAUAUGGGGGACUACAAACUUACCUUGAUGUAUAAAAUAUUGCAAACUGCUGAUGGGUCUAAUAACACAAAGUCCACAGAAUUUUGGAGCAGAGAUCGAAAACGUCAGUUUGACAUAAGCUAUGAUAUCACUGGUCUUCACCCAUAUACCAUGUACCACAUCUACAUUGCUUGUUCAGUUAAUUCUGCUCACAACACUGGCAAUCUUGGGGAAUUCAUCGGCCCUUUCUCAGCCAGGACUGCAGAAGAAGAACCAAGCCAUUCACCUACAAUUUAUAAAAACCUGACUUCCACCAUAUUAUAUGGGGAAUACAGGAAUGUGAAUCUUCAAUGGAAGCUUCCUGACAACAAAACUUGGAACGGAAUAAUCACUCGCAUUGUGCUUUGUUACUGGAAGGCAAACGGUAGCGUGCCAAUAGACGCUGGUUGUGUGGUGGUGCUGAGUAAUGUAUCCAUGACAACAGGCAACUUGACUAACUUACACUUGAAUGAGAGUUAUUUCGUAGUUGCACAGAUGUGUACACGUGCAGGUUGUGGUCCUCAGAGUGAUUCCAUUCUUAUCGCCCGACAAGACUUACCAGCUGGAACUCCUGAGCCUCGUGCAAAGACACAAGGAUAUUUCUACAUUAUCAUUGGUGUCGCGUUUGGAGUGCUUCUAAUUUGUAUUGCUUGUGCUUUUCUGGUGGCCUGGUAUUGGUCAAAGAAACUGAGAAAACGUAGAAAGCAAGAGAAAAUGAAACCCUUAAUGGACGUUAUUGGAAAACUGAGUCCUCCUUAUAUGUACGAGAGUGCAAAUGAGCCGUCAAAGAGAGAGGACAGCGGCGAUUAUGAUGAGACUAUAGCACCCCUGCUUAGUGGUGACAACGACUAUGUAAAGAUGAAAGCUUGUCAGCUUGAAUCGCCACUACUGACAAGACCAGAACACGAUCGAGCUGAUCUUCAACGCUCUAGUGAAGUUUGAUAUGGAGCUGAAUGUCAGUUGUUGUAAAGCAGUUGUUUUGGCAGUCCCGCCUUAAGUCAUUACCACCGGGCAACUGCCUCACGUCAAAUGCGGUUUCCUGGGACGAUGGCCUCUCGAAGCCUCAAUUGUAAUAAAAUAAUAAAAUGAAUAAAUCACUUUAUUUAAGUGUCGAAGUGUUUAGCACCACUGUACUAAUGGAGGACACUGAAAGAAGCAAACAAAUAUUGUAAAUUAAACAGAAAUUCCUACACUA